AUGGGUCCCGCGGGCGCCCCCUGGGUGCUAGCCGGGGGUCUCCUGGCCGCGACCCUGGCCCUGCCCACUGGUGCGGUUUCCCUCCGGCGGCCCCUUGGCGCACAGCCUUCCCCCGAAAUCCUCGAGGCUCCCGGGGCCAGCGCCGGCCUGGGGGUACCUCCGGGGCUGAAUGGAGCGCGCCCUGACCGGACUGAGCAGGACUUAUCCCAUAUGCCUUGGCAGGAUGGUAAAAGCACUCUGUUUAACGAUGUGGCGUAUUGCGGCCGCCGCCUCCAGCAGCCACCUAGCGCUUCAGUGCACAGGACAGAAUUGAGGAACACUGAAGAUUUCAACCUACUCCUGACUUCUUCAGCCUCCAGCAGCCCUUGGGCAGAUUCCGUGUUGGCCUUUAUGCCCUCAUGGGCCAAGAAGACCUUGUUCAAAAGUGAGUCUCCUAUAGCACACCGCCAGGAUGAACACAUUCCAAGAGAACUGCAAGGCAUUUCUGAGAGUAGAGUGGUUUUUCAGAAAUGUGCCGUGGUGUCUGGGCAGAGACAUUCACAGAGCGCUCUCGUGUGGCUGCUCGUGAACACCACCAGGUCACCCGUGGCCACCAACCUCUCAGACCUGUUGCUGCUCGACAACAUCACCGGCCUGACCGUGAGGGAGUCGGCGGGGAAUAGGACGUCCAAAGGAUUCCAGGCUUUCCGAAAGAAGUUCCUGCAAGCUGGAGAUGCCUUUGCAGUCAGCUACACAGCCCAGCUCACAGCCGGAGACGUCAGGGAUGGGGAGAUUCUGCUGCUCCCGGCCCAGCUCACGUUCCAGGGCGCAUCUCAGAACAGAACUCAGCUAACAGCUCUUUUCUCUAUCACGGCAGAAGAAAAGCUAACGGUUCUACCGAACCAUGGACUCCAUGCAGCUGGAUUCUUUAUCGCCUUCAUGGUCACUCUUGUCCUGACCUGGACCAUGCUUUUCUUCCUGGUCCGAUAUCAGUGUUUAAAGGGAAACAUGUUUCGCAGACAUCGGGUUCAGCACCAUGACAACAAGCUGGAACACUCUCAGUUCAUCUUGGCCGAUGGUGUGAAUGAGGAUCUUGCGCUCAGUGACCAGAUGGUGGACAUUCUGUCUUCUGAGGACCCCGGGACCAUGCUAGAAGGCUUAGAGGACUUGGAGAUUGCAACCCUGAAUCAAGCUGAUUCCGAUCUGGAGGCUUGUCGAACCCAAAUCAGCAAAGAUAUCAUUGCCCUUCUCCUGAGAAGUCUGACCAGCAGGGGCCAUCUCUCUCCACAAGCAGAGCGGAGGAUGGGCAUGGUCUUCAAACAAGAGUUUCUGUUGCUGGAAAAUGAAAUCCAGGAGGAGUAUGAUCGGAAGAUGGUGGCAUUGACGGCCGAAUGUGACCUGGAAACCCAAAAGAAGACGGAGAGCCAGUACCAGAGGGAGAUGGCGGCCAUGGAAGAAGCUGAAGAGCUGCUGAAGCGUGUUAGCGAGAGGGCUGCAGCUGAGUGCAGCAGCCUCCUGCGAACCCUGCACAGCCUGGAGCAGGAACACCUGCAGAGGACACUAGCCCUGCGGCAAGAGGAAGACUUGGCCAAGGCGCACCGGCAGCUGGCCGUCUUCCAGAGAUGCGAGCUGCACAGACUCUUUUUCACCCAAAUUAAAGGCGCUCUUCUCAAAGGGGACCUGAAGCCAGAGGCGGCACACAUGCUGCUGCAAGCCUACGCCGACAUCCAGGGCAAUGUGGAAGAGUUGAUGGACUUUUUCCAGGCAACCAAGAGAUAUCAUCUAAGUAAGAGAUUUGGCCACAGAAAGUACCUGGCGCAGAACAUGCAGUCAUCUCAUGCCCGUGCCCAAGGCCUCCUCAACACCGCUGCCACCCAGCUGACCCGCCUCAUCCAGAAACACGAGAGAGCUGGGUACUUGGAUGAAGACCAGAUGGAAAUGCUGCUGGAACGGGCUCAGACGGAAGUCUUCUCUGUCAAACAGAAGCUGGACAAUGAGUUAAAGCAGGAAAAGAAAAAGCUCCGCCAAAAACUCGUCACUAAGAGAAGACGAGAAAUGAUGCAAAAGCACAAGGAGCAGCAGAGAGAACAGCUGUCCAUCGGCGAGGCCUUCCGAGCUGCCGAGGACGCAAGCAAGUACCUGGGCCAGUGGCGGAGCGUGAUGGCAGACCACAGCGCCGCCCUGGAGGAGCUGCAGGAACGGCUGGAUCAAGCUGCCCUGGAUGACCUCCGGGCCCUGACCCUCUCUCUGUCCGAGAAAGCCACAGAGGAGCUGCGGCGCCUGCAGAACUCGGCCAUGACCCAGGAGCUAUUGAAACGCAGCGUGCCCUGGCUCUUCCUGCAGCAGAUCUUGGAGGAGCAUGGCAAGGAGCUGGCCGCCCGAGCUGAGCAGCUUGAGAGUGAGGAACGGGGCCGUGGCCAGGAGGGCGUCCAGGGCAUGCGGCAGAGGCUGAAGGAGGAGGUGUUGGAGGCCUCGCUGGAGGAGCAGGUGGAGCUGAGGCGCUGGGAGCAGUCCAUCUACCUGAAGCUCUGCUCUGCGGCCGGCUCCCUGUCCCAGGAGGAGCUGCUUGGGAUGAAGAAGGAAGCUCAGGGCUCCUUCACGCAGUUGGACCAGAACUUGGCCCUCCCCAGAAUCCGGGCCCGGGUGCUGCUGCAGCAAUGCCAGAGCACAUGGCGAGAAGCAGAGUCCCUGAAACUGGACCAGGCCCUGGCUGCUCCCGAGCUGCAGCCACAGCCCAAAGGGAGAAAGCAGCGCGUCAAGGGCAGAAGCAAGGCUGACCUUUUGAAGAAGUGCCUGGAAGAUAAAAUCCACAUCCUUGAACAGCAGGGCCCCGAGUGCCUGACAGAGAAGGUCCGGGCGGAACUGCUCCGGGAGAGAGUGCAGCAGCUGGAUAGCCAGAAACAAAGCUUUGCAGAGUCUGUCGUAUCCCUGCAGUUCCAGAAGGCGGCCAAGAGCACCAAGACGCUGUCUGCCUACACCGCUCUCCUCAGCAUCCAGGAGCUGCUUCUGGAUGAGCUGAGCAAAUCGGAGACCCUGACUAAGUCAGCCUGCGCCCAGAUCCUGGGCUCUCACACCCCGGAGCUACUGGAGUUGGAGAGGAAGCUGGAGGAGCGGCUGGUACAACAGGACGCAGUUCAGCAGCAGCAAGGUCUGACAAGUCAGCAGCGGUGGAGCGCUGAGGAGCUCGGGCUCCCAAACACACCUGCGGAGGUGGGCGCCGAAGGGCAGGUCUCUGCCGUCCUGCAGUGGGCUCUGAGUAAGGCUCGGAAGAUUCUGGAGAACCACCAGCAGAGUUUGAGACAAGAGGAACAGAAUUGUGUUGUACUUGAAGAUUUGCUGGAAAACAUGGAGACUGAGACCUUCAUGACCCUGUAUGGACAGGAACUGAGACUGGCAUCCUACCUCGUGAAGCUGGCCAUGGUGCCAGGGGCCACACUGCGUCGCCUCCUGAGUGUGGUCCAGCCGGCAGCCUCACAGCCCGAACUGCUCUCUGCACUGGACGCAGUCAGCGAGAAACAUGCUGACUACAUGGUCACUGCGGAGAAUGACAGCAGCGGGGAGCAGGGCGAGCUGGGCAGGAGGAGGGACCACCAGGGCUGGUGGCGAGCCUUCGAGAGCAGACUGCGAGGAGAUCUUGUCAGCCAAGGGCGACAGAAGGCUCUCUGGGCGCACCGGAGGAAGGAGAGAAUAUUGAAGAAGACGUGUCUUCCUCUCACCGAGAGGCUGGUAUUCCCUGGAAAAGGAAGUUGGCCCCAUCUGUCCCUGGAACCCCUCGGCGAGCUGGCCCCACUGAACAUCAUCGGAGCAGAAACCAUUGACUUACUAAACACAGGAGAAAAGCUCUUUAUAUUCAGGAGUCCCAAAGAGCCAGAGAUCUCUUUGCAUGUUCCUCCUAGGAGAAAGAAGAACUUUCUGAAUGCCAAAAAGGCCUCUUGGGCCUCAGGGAUGGACUAG